AUGGUGGCAUUAACACAAGAAUCAAAUACUAUAAUCCCACCAAAGAUGCGUGACCCAGGCAGCUUUACAAUACCCUUCUCAAUAGGAGGGAUCUACAUUGUUCAAGCAUUGUGCGACCUUGAGGCAAGCAUAAACUUAAUACCCCUUUCAAUCUUCAAACAAUUGAAUGUAGGUCAACUAAAACCCACAACGGUGACUCUUCAACUUGCAGAUAGGUCCAUGGUACACCCUGAAGAAAAAUUAAAGGAUGUUUUGGUAACAAUCGACAAAUUCAUUCUACCUACAAACUUCAUUAUUCUAGAUUAUGAGGGGGAUAAAGAUGUGCCAUUCAUAUUGGGACGACCAUUCUUAUCUACUGGUCGUGCUCAAAUAGAUGUGCACAAGGAAGAAAUCACAAUGAGUAUCAAUGGAAAGAAGCAUAGGAUUAAUAUUAUCAAUGUAAUGGAGUUCCCAAAAGAUGAAGGCUUAUCAGAUUCCAACGAUGAACACAUUUGCAUUGAAGAUUGGGCCUUCAAGGAAGAAAAUGAAGAAAGAGAGGAUGCGACAACAUCCUUACAAACUUGCCAUGCAAUAACAGAAACAAUGAACAAUGAAGAAAUGUUGAAUUUGGAUGAAGAAAGAAAAACACAGAAACCCUCCUUAUACCAACCACCUACACUUGAUUUGAAAACUCUACCAAAUCACUUGAAGUACGUUUUCUUUGGCCAGAAUGAAACAUUGCCAGUAAUCAUAUCCUUUGCAUUACCCAAAGAAAAAGAAACUGUGCUGCUCAGUAUCAUGAAGAAAUAUAUCUAA